AUGGUGAAUUCUCCAGAUGCUAACCGAAAGCAAGCUUCGGCAGCACCAGAUAGAACCCGCGUACUUGAGUACUACGCCUAUAACACUCGACUGGAGUUUGAAACCGUCCUUGUGUUGUCAGCAUGUGUAGGAUGGUCCUGGGCACAACACUGCACAUCUUGCUCCUGCCUCAACAUCUCUCCGUCCAGCUCUGUCACCGUUAACGAUAUAGUCACCUCUAGUCCCCUCUACCUGCAGGCUGUGUCACCGUCCAGCCCGUUCGCAAGCGCCGAUAGUGUUUGUUUGAACUUUAAGUUGUUCAAGCCUAAGGAUCUAAGUAUCGUGGAGACAAUCAUUACUAACUCAGACAUGACAACACUGCCAUUGGUGUACUUCGAAAGAGAUGUUAAGAGAUCAAACUUUUCCGGUGUUGGACCAACCUAUCCCGACUAUGAGUCUACAUCAUCUGGAACUCUGGCGUAUCUCGACAUCAUCGUGAGUAAACCGUGUUCAACAGCCUUUGUGUUCUACCGCUGUGUACAAGCCGGAAUGAUGACAUGUGCUACAUCACCAACUCAGGCCAACUUUUUCAUAGCAUCCAGUAAACAAAAAGAAGAUGACUCCUGUAUUAAAAAUGGUUUGAGUGCCUUAAAAAGUGCAGCUGGACUACCUUCAAACUUUGAACUCACAUAUCUACCAAGAACCUCCAACAACCCUUGCCUUAAACAAGCAGGACAGAGUGGCCAGAAACAAAGUGAAGGUCUUCUAGGUUUAGGAAUUUUAGGAGGUUUGCUAUAAAAUAACAAAGUUUUGUAAAAAUAAAUUUCAGAAGUCAGUGGAAGAAGUAUGUACUACAAAUUUAAUACAAUCGUGUAGCUAACUUUGAAUGCAUGCAUACAGAUGUUAGAAUAUAUAAGUAGAGAGUCUUUUUGGAACUGUAAAUUAAUUUGUUUUGUUGUCUUUUAUCUUAUACAUCAUGUUAGAUAAAUUGAAAUUUAGAUUCUUAGACAUU